CCAGGAAGUGCGUCAUCAGCUCGCGCCAGUUCCCGCACGUUGUGCCGGUUCGCCUCGGGUUUGGAUGCUAGGGUAUUCGGGUGGGCCGGCGUUCUGUGACUGCGUGCCGGGCUCCGGCUGCUCCGCGCUGCGAUGCAGGUCUCCAGCCUCAACGAAGUGAAGAUUUACAGCCUCAGCUGCGGCAAGUCUCUUCCCGAGUGCACUGUCUGCUUUCUCGUAGUGGCUUUCUGACAGGAAGAAGAGAGCACUGCAGAAGAAGAAUGUCGAUGUUCGUAGGAGAAUUGAACUUAUUCAGGACUUCGAAAUGCCUACUGUGUGUACUACUAUCAAGGUGUCAAAAGAUGGACAGUAUAUUUUAGCAACUGGAACAUAUAAGCCUCGGGUCCGGUGUUAUGACACAUAUCAGUUAUCCCUGAAGUUUGAAAGGUGCUUGGAUUCUGAAGUUGUCACCUUUGAGAUUUUAUCAGAUGACUAUUCAAAGAUUGUCUUCUUACAUAAUGACAGAUAUAUUGAAUUUCACUCACAAUCAGGCUUUUACUACAAAACCAGAAUUCCCAAGUUCGGCCGAGACUUCUCUUACCACUAUCCAUCCUGUGACUUGUACUUUGUAGGUGCAAGCUCUGAAGUUUAUAGAUUAAACUUAGAACAAGGGCGGUACCUGAAUCCUCUCCAGACGGACGCCGCGGAGAACAAUGUUUGUGACAUAAAUGCAGUGCAUGGCUUGUUCGCCACAGGAACAAUAGAGGGUCGAGUGGAAUGCUGGGAUCCAAGAGUAAGAAAAAGGGUUGGCGUGUUAGACUGUGCAUUAAAUAGUGUCACAGCAGAUUCAGAGAUAAACAGCUUACCCACCAUCUCUGCAUUGAAGUUUAAUGGAGCCUUGAGCAUGGCAGUUGGAACAUCCACAGGGCAGGUGUUGUUAUAUGAUCUUCGCUCGGAUAAGCCGUUGCUAGUUAAGGAUCACCAGUAUGGGCUGCCGAUUAAGUCAGUUCAUUUCCAGGAUUCCCUAGAUUUGGUUUUGUCUGCAGACUCUAGAAUUGUCAAAAUGUGGAACAAGGACUCCGGGAAAAUAUUUACUUCGUUGGAGCCAGAACAUGAUCUUAAUGAUGUUUGCCUCUAUCCCAGCUCAGGAAUGCUUCUUACUGCCAAUGAAUCCCCCAAGAUGGGCAUUUACUACAUUCCGGUUUUGGGUCCUGCUCCCAGGUGGUGUUCCUUCCUGGACAACUUGACAGAAGAGUUAGAAGAGAAUCCAGAGAGCACAGUGUAUGAUGAUUACAAAUUUGUCACCAAGAAAGACCUUGAAAAUUUAGGGCUCACACAUCUCAUUGGAUCACCUUUCCUCCGAGCAUAUAUGCAUGGGUUUUUCAUGGAUAUCAGACUCUACCACAAGGUGAAAUUGAUGGUCAAUCCAUUUGCUUAUGAAGAAUAUAGGAAAGAUAAAAUUCGACAGAAGAUAGAAGAAACACGUGCACAGAGAGUCCAAUUAAAGAAACUGCCAAAAGUUAACAAAGAACUGGCACUUAAAUUAAUUGAAGAGGAAGAGGAGAAACAAAAGUCUACGCUGAAAAAGAAAGUUAAGAGCCUCCCUAAUAUCCUCACGGAUGAUCGAUUUAAAGUUAUGUUUGAGAAUCCCGACUUCCAGGUGGACGAGGAGAGUGAAGAGUUCAGGCUUCUCAACCCCCUCGUCUCGAGGAUCAGUGAGAAGAGGAAGAAGCAGCUGAGGCUCUUGGAGCAGCAGGAGCUCAAGGAUGAAGAGGAGGAAGAACCGGAAGGAAAACCCAGUGAUGCAGAAAGUUCAGAGAGCUCAGAUGAUGAGAAAGGUUGGGUUGAAGAAGUCAGGAAGCAGCGCAGACUCCUUCAGCAGGAAGAAAGAGUGAAGCGGCAGGAGCAACUGAAGGAGGACCAGCAGACAGUCCUGAAGCCCCAGUUCUACGAGAUCAAAGCAGGCGAAGAGUUCAGGAGCUUCAAAGAGUCUGCCACCAAGCAGAGACUAAUGAACAAAACUCUGGAAGAUCGUUUGAAACUUGAAGCAAAACAUGGGACAUUGAAUGUAUCGGACACCACUGUUGGCAGCAAGCAGUUGACAUUUACUCUCAAGAGGUCUGAACAGCAAAAGAAGCAACAGGAGGCUGAAAAACUGCAUCGUCAGGAAAGGAAAAAUCUGCGCAGGUCGGCCAGCCACCUGAGGUCCAGACCCAGAAGAGGCCGGCCCUUUCACUGACCAAAGAAAUGUGCCCACGAGCAACUAGACGCUGUGCUUCUCCCCAUGGAUUCUCACAAGGGCAUCACACCCAGGCUCCGUGUAGAUGUGUGUGCAUGGUGCUGGUGGUCUGACUGGCCCACUACCCACCUGGAGAAGUCCCUGGCCCUGGGUGCUUUUUCCAAGUGGCUGCCCCUUUCUCUCUCCCCCUCCCCCGCCCCCCUUAAAUCUUGUCUUCUCCCCUGCUGAUGAUCAGGCAUCAUUUCAGAUAUUGGAAAGGCCUCCAUGAAGUGAAAAGUUCACCCUCUACUGGAAACAGGACAUUAUCAUGCUGUAAGAAUGGCUUGGGUUAGCCCAGCCGUGGUGGCGCACGCCUUUGAUCCCAGCACUUGGGAGGCAGAGGCAGGCGGAUUUCUGAGUUCGAGGCCAGCCUGGUCUACAGAGUGAGUUCCAGGACAGCCAGAGCUACACAGAGAAAACCUGUCUGGAACCCCCCCCCCCCAAAAAAAAGAAUGGUUUGGGGUUUUUUGUUUUGUUUUGUUUUGUUUUUUUGUCAUUUGUUUAUUUGAGACUUGAGUCAGGGUUUCUCCGUGUAGCUCUGGGUGUCCUGGAAUUCAAUCUGUGGCCUUGAACUCAUAGAGAUCCACUUGCCUCUGCCUCCUGAGUGCUGAAGUUAAAGGGAUGCACCACCAGGCCCAGCCAGAGUGUCUGUCCCCACUGUCUUCUGCCCCUCAGGACUGAGUCACAUGAUGACUGCUGAGUGGCCCUGUUUAUGUGCAUGAGUAUGUUGGCAGGCUGACUGGCUUGCUUAUAUUCCUUUGUAUAGUUUUUAAGCUAUUUUUAUAUCAAGGGUAUAAAUUAAUAAAUAAUAAGUGAACGCUACUGGC